AUGGGACAAAUUCAUGAUGUGCCAUAUCUUAUAAUGGAUCUUGUUGGCCGUAACUUGGCUGAUAUACGUAAACAAUAUCCUCCUAAACGAUUACAGCCAAUAACCGCUUAUCGAAUAUCAGUACAAGUGAUAAGUGCACUGCAUGACUUGCAUACUGCAGGCUUUUUACAUCGUAACAUUAAACCAUCAAAUAUUUGUAUUGGUCGAGGUGCACAAAGGCGUGUAAUUUAUCUUCUUGAUCUCGGUAUGGCACGAAUGUUUACUGAAAUAGAUGGCAGAAUUCGAAAACCUCGUCAUUACGCAGGUUUUCGUGGUACGCCACGUUAUGUGUCAUUGACAGUACAUGCACGUGCUGAAACCGGUCCACGUGACGAUCUAAUUGCAUGGUUUUAUUCAAUGAUUGAACUAAUUUACGGGAAGCUACCGUGGAGCAAUCUAAUUGCAGCAAAAGAUAUCGAAGAAGCAAAAAGGAAGGAAACCUUCGAAAGUUUAUGCAAAGACCAACCGAAUGCAUCGUUGGAAUUUGCUAAAGUUAAAAUUCAUAAUUGUUGA